AGCAACGUUUCCCUCACUAGAUGGUGUGCGAGCCACCCGAGAAUAGAAGAGUUUCUCCUGCACUCCUCCUCCUCCUGCAGGAUCGCAGGGAAGUGGCUGUGUGUUGCCAGCGAGGGUUCCCAGGCUGACAGGGGCAGCCCCAGCAGUGAUGGACAUGAUGAUGUUGGUGCAGGGUGCUGCUUGUUGCUCAAACCAGUGGCUGGCCGCUGUCAUCCUCAGCUUGUGCUGCCUGCUACCUUCUUGCCUUGAGGCUGGCCAGAGCAUGGACUUCACCUGGCCAGCAGUGGACAAUACAGUCGUCAGACAAGGAGAAACUGCUACACUUAGAUGCUUCUUGGAAGAUGGUGCCUCAAAAGGAGCUUGGCUUAAUCGAUCAAGUAUUAUUUUUGCUGGAAGUGACAAGUGGUCCGUUGACCCUAGAGUGUCCAUUGCAACAGCAAACAAAAAGGAAUAUAGCCUGCAAAUACAAAAGGUGGAUGUUUCUGAUGAUGGGCUAUAUACAUGCUCCGUACAAACUGAACACAGUCCAAGAACAAUGCAAGUCCAUCUCACUGUUCAGGUUUGUCCGAAAAUCUAUGACAUUUCUUCUGACAUGGUUGUGAACGAAGGAACCAAUGUAUCUUUAACAUGUUUGGCGACCGGCAAACCAGAACCAUCUAUAUCUUGGAGACACAUCUCUCCAUCAGCAAAACCAUUUGGGAGUGGUCAAUAUUUGGAUAUUUACGGCAUUACAAGAGACCAAGCUGGGGAAUAUGAAUGUUCCGCUAAUAAUGACGUGUCCUUCCCAGUUGCGAAAAAAGUGAAAGUCACAGUAAACUUUGCACCUUCGAUCCUGGAAAUAGUACCGACUGGGGUUUCCCUAGGAAGAACUGGAUUAAUAAGAUGUGAAACAGCGGCAGUUCCUUCUCCUGUAUUUGAAUGGUACAAAGGAGAAAAGAAGCUCAUAAAUGGCCAGAAAGGGAUAAAUAUAAAGAACUACAACACAAGAUCCAUUCUUACUGUUUCCAACGUAACAGAAGAGCACUUCGGCAACUAUACUUGUGUAGCUGUAAACAAACUGGGAACCAGCAAUGCCAGCCUGCCACUUAACCAAAUUAUUGAACCUUCUACCACUAGUCCUGUCACAAGUUCAGCUCCAAGUACAGCCCAAUAUGGAAUAACUGGAAGUGCUGAAAUCCUUUUUUCGUGUUGGUACCUUGUGUUGACUCUGUCUUCUUUCAUCAGCACAAUUUACCUGAAGAACGUCAUUGUACAAUAAAUAUAAAGAACCAUAAAAUGCUUUACAGAUUUCUAUAAAAGUGCUGAUGACAGGAUGCAAUCUGGUACAUUUUGUUUGAAGCAGUGUGAGAUAUAAUGAACAGUACAUACUUGGAAACGUACGGCUUCUGUAGAAUUGCUCACUAUGUAAAUACCUUGAUUUUCCCCUUUUUGAUUAGCUGCAUUACGUUGUGAAGCAGUUCACAUUGUCCUUUUUUCUUCUUAAAACGUGAAAGCUCUGAAAUUAAUUUUAGAGGAUAUUAAUUGUGAUUUCAUGUUUAUAAUCUACCAAUUUUCAAAACCAUUCAGUUAUAGUCAGAGACCCUAGGCGCAGACUGCAGUUUACAAAUAAAUAAAUAUUGCGGUCACAAGAUAAUACGCUUUGAAGCUCUAAGGCACGUGUUCUGUUGCCAUUUUUUGGAAAUAAGAUUUUGAACUCAUGUGUAUCAAAGAUUUUUUCCAUUUUUAUUACAAAAAAAAUGAUUGCCUUCAAAAGAUUAUUCCUGUUACAUUUAGCUAGAUCUACUGCAAGUUUAAUAUUUGGAUAUCAAACAAAUCAGUAUUAUAACAAAAAAAAACUGCAUGGUGCAGUUUAAAUUUAUACUUGUAUGUUUCGCAUGGGUGUGCCUUCAUAAACCUUUUUUUAUUAUUAUUUUUUUUAAUCAGAAGGGAAUUUCCUAGCUUAAGGGGUCAGCCUAUAAAAAAUAUUAAAUGUACAGAGCAUAUUUUUAGGAGUUCAUAUCAUGUAAUCAACCAAGUGUGAAAGAAUUUUAUGUAUGCUAAUGAACAUAUCCAUACCUUAUUGUUUAUAAUCAUUGUACCUUAUCCCAUGCAGAGAAUACAAGUCUGCAGAUUCUAUAAUGUAACAUUCUUUUGUUGGCACUUAACAUAACCCAAGUUGAGAGCGCAAUAGUGUCUAUUGCUUACACUUGGCAACUGGCAUCUACUUCAUAUAUUUUGCAGAUCCCUAAUUAUAGCACAAGUCUCAUAUGUGUUUGUGAUUUCAGAGCUAUUUUCUUUUCAAAGUAUUAUUUAAAAAAAAAAUCUUUAAAAAAAAAUGUUGUGCAAAUGAGAAUGUGAAAAUUCAUUUUAUCAUCCAAUACUCCAUAAAAUCUGUAUUGUUUUGCACUUGAUUUUGUACUGAAUUUGUGAAACUAGCUAAAAUAGUUGAGAAAAAAAGUGGAUAUAUUUGGAAAUGGGUCUACUCAGCGGAAAAUAAAACCCUGGUAAAAUCA